CCAGGAGGCCCAGCUAGGGCCUGAGUCGGCCCCAUGCGGCUCACUCGAUGCCAGGCUGCCUUGGCGGCUGCCAUCCUCCUCAACCUCCUGGUCCUCUUCUAUGUCUCAUGGCUGCAGCAGCAGCCCAGGAACUCCAGGGCGCGGGGAGCGCGCCGCGGGGCUGCCACAGGCCCCCGCAUCACCAUCCUGGUGCGAGAAUUCGAAGCCUUUGACAACGCUAUCCCGGAGCUGGUGGACUCCUUUCUGCAGCUGGACCCGGCGCAGCCAGUGGUGGUGGCAGCAGACACGCUGCCCUACCCGCCCCUGCCCCUGCCCCGCCUCCCCAAUGUCCACCUGGCGCUGCUCCAGCCCGCCCUGGACCGGCCCGCAGCCGCCUCGCGCCCGGAGACCUACGUGACCACCGAGUUUGUAGCCCUGGUGCCAGAUGGGGCGAGGGCCGAGGCACCAGGCCAGCUGGAGCGCAUGGUGGAGGUGCUCCGGGCGGGAGGCGCCCGCCUGGUGGCUGCUCCCGUCGCCACCGCCAACCCCGCGAGGUGCCUGGCCCUGAAUGUCAGCCUGCGGGAGUGGACCGCGCGCUACGGUCCAGCUCCUGCCGCACCGCGCUGUGACGCCCUGGACGGGGACGCCGUGGUGCUCCUGCGCACGCGCGACCUCUUCAACCUCUCCGUGCCCCUCGCGCGGCCCCUGGGCACCAGCCUCUUUCUGCAGACGGCUCUUCGCGGCUGGGCCGUGCGCCUGCUGGAGACGCCUUUCCCCGCCGCUCGCCAGGCCCCGCUCGCCACGGCGCACGCGCGCUGGAAGGCGGAGCGCGAGGGGCGCGCGCGGCGGGCAACACUGUUGCGGACGCUGGGCAUCCGCCUGGUGAGCUGGGAGGGCGGGCGCCUCGAGUGGUUCGGCUGCAGCAAGGAGAGCACUCGGUGCUUUGGGACGGUGGUGGGCGACACACCGGCCUACCUGUAUGAGGACCGCUGGACGCCCCCCUGCUGCCUGCGCGCCCUGCGCGAGACGGCGCACUACGUGGUCGGGGUGCUGGAGGCAGCGGGUGUGCGCUAUUGGCUGGAGGGCGGCUCGCUGCUGGGCGCCGCCCGCCACGGGGACAUCAUCCCGUGGGACUACGACGUGGACCUGGGCAUCUACCUGGAGGACGUGGGCAACUGCGAGCAGCUACGCGGGGCCGAGGCGGGCUCCGUGGUGGACGAGCGAGGCUUCGUGUGGGAGAAGGCAGUGGAGGGCGACUUCUUCCGCGUGCAGUACAGCGAGAGCAACCACCUGCACGUGGACCUGUGGCCCUUCUACCCCCGCAACGGCGUGAUGACCAAGGACACGUGGCUGGACCACCGGCAGGACGUGGAGUUCCCCGAACACUUCCUACAGCCCCUCGUGCCCCUGCCCUUCGCCGGCUUCGUGGCCCAAGCGCCCAACAACUACCGCCGUUUCCUGGAGCUCAAAUUCGGCCCCGGGGUCAUCGAGAACCCGGAAUACCCCAACCCAGCCCUGCGCAGCCUGGCAGGAGGCGGCUGAAGCCC